CACAACGCAACUUGCAUUAUUUCAGCGAGAGAAUCCACAAUCUUGAUGCAGAAUGUGGGUAUUCAACGGUAUAUAGCUUUGUGCAGACCUGUACUUGUUUUCUCAGUUUUCGGCAUCAAGCUUCGGCGCCACUCAUUAAACAUAGCCGCAAAAUUUAGCCCUAGGCGAUGUUUUCAGGCCGGUGAGGAAUGCUUCAGAUGUUUACGAGGAGCAAUCUAAACCUGUUUGCAAGCAUUCGUUAUUGGUAGUCCAUUUGAUAUUGGUUGCAAAAUGCUCCUCAUUUGCCACUUUGAACCGUGAGGUGUGGAAGCGAGGUAACACCUGGUCUUCUCCGCAUCUCUCCACAUAUCCCCGGAUAUUCUCUUGGGUUACUUGGGCCUUAAAUAAGGAUAUCGUAUUUGAAAAACCAGAGCAAUAUGCUUCACGAAACUCAAACUAUAUUCAUACAUCGCCACGGGUACGUUUCCCCAGACUAUUCAGGUUGUCCAGCCCUGACUUAUUACUGUACCUACUCAAAGCACUAAGUUAUUGCGAGCACAAUGACUGCUCUAAAUAUCACAGAUGAAGAUAUCGGCGACAAGCUCCGAGGAAAAUCAGCAAUUGUGACGGGCGGCUCAAGCGGAAUCGGCCAAGGCAUUGUCCACUAUCUUGCCAAAGCUGGGGUAAAAGUACUCAUUGGCGAUAUUAAAGAACCUUCUGAGCCGAUUGAAGGACCCAUAUUCCAGAAGACAGAUGCCGGGUCCUGGAUAUCUCAACUGCAACUCUUUAAGCGUGCUGAAAAAGAGUUCGGUCGCAUUGAUAUUGUCGUACCAAAUGCAGGUUUCGGCGACAGAGGUGACUUCUUCGACAAAGUGGAUGAAAACGGGGAUCCUAUUGAACCCGAGUUUGCGUGCCUAAAAGUCACCUUGAUUGGGCAGAUGUAUUCCGUGAAGCUCGCUAUGCACUUUAUGAGGAAGCAAAGGCCUCAGGGUGGAGUUAUUGUGUCUACUGUGAGCCGUAGUGGAUAUGACUGCCAAAGCAUUCCUGUUUAUGCCGCUUCCAAGCAUGGAAUGAUUGGUCUGAUGAGAGGCUUACGAAACCAUACCCCAACCUGGAACAUCCGCGUCAAUUCCAUUGCUCCACAUGUUACCGAUACAGCAGCAGUUCGAUCGGUGCCCUGGCUGAUCCCGGAGCUGCAAAGAGUUGGCAUCCCAGUUAGUUCUGUCAAAGAAACAGCAAUGGCGGCUGCAUUCUUGGCUGCGAAUGACUCCUACAACGGGUGCACGAUCAGCAUCAUGGGCAGUGAGUAUAGGGAGCUUGAAAGUGGGAUUGAGCGGCACAAGAGAGAUAUUAUGGGAAAUGAUCCGAGAUUCGACAUGAACGAGGAACAGCAGAAAGUGAUGGAUACCAUUUUCCCACCCGCAUCGAAAUGGUGAUCAUAAGAAGCUUACUACUUCAAGUUUCCUCGUGAUAUUUCGGUCUUAUCCUACAACAUACCGGAACAUGUUACCAAAUUUUGCUGUUAAUGCCUUGAUUGCAAACUUAGUACAGAACAAAAAAGCACUUCAACACUUCAAGUGCUGUAAUAGCACCAACCUUGGCUCAGAAUACACGUACCUUAUAUUGAACAGGCCAGUCACAUUAUCGAAUUCUGUUAGCCUUGACGUAAGCUUUAUGUACCUAGAUGAGUAUGAGUUGGCAAACUUAGAUAUGAACAAAUUUGAUCGUUUUGAUGGCUUCAAAUGGUGAGAUUGAAGAACAAAAAGCUGC